AUGUCCGACGUCGCGUACCUCAAGUCCCAGCUGGGUGUUCACCCGGGGUUCCCCAAGGAGGGAAUCACCUUUAUUGACAUCUUCCCCCUCCUUCGCGACCCCUUUACCUUCGAGAUGCUCAUCACCCACUUUGUCUCGCACAUCGCCAAGGUGCACCCCGGUGUCAAGCCCGAUGUCAUUGUCGGCCUUGACGCCCGCGGUUUCCUCUUCGGUCCCAUCAUCGCCAUGCGCCUCGGUGCGGCAUUCGUCCCCGUCCGCAAGGUCGGCAAGCUCCCCGGAGACUGCUACGUUGCCGAGUACACCAAGGAGUACGGGGUGGACCGGUUCGAGAUGCAGAAGGAUGCGAUCAAGGAGGGCCAGACGGUCAUUGUCGUUGACGACCUCAUUGCUACUGGCGGAUCGGCGGCUGCGGCCGGCGAGCUUAUCCGCAAGGCCGGCGGCAAGACGCUCGAGUACCUCUUCGUCGUUGGGCUGCCGUUCCUAUCUGGCGCUGACAAGCUCGACGCGCCGUCGUACUGGAUGGUCGAGGCUGAGGACUAG